UCUCGCCCCCUCCUCAGCCUACGAGAACCUGCGAGAACACGGCCCCUCUAAUUUUUGUUUAAAUCCCCACACUCUCUCUCUCUCUCUCUAUCCACAUUCCCAACUCGCCGGUAAAUUCGCGAACAUACCGACAAAACUCCCCGGGAAAUUUUACGUGUGAUCACCGGACUCUGACAAUGGCCACUACGACGUCGUUCUCCGGCGUCCAGUUUCAUGUACCUCCGUCUUGUAAUAGAGCCGCUUUGUUUUCUCAGCCGCUGCUCUCGUUGAGCAUAGCAGCGAAGCCGAGAGCUCUGAGAACAGAAAGUUCGUUGAAAUUGAAGAAGAAGAGCGAUGUGUUUCUCACCAGAAGAGCUGAGAGGUUCGGGAAGAGUUCCAGGUCGUUUGUUGUUCGAUGCGAAACUACAAGUGGUGGAAGGAUUACCCAACAAGAGUUCACCGAAAAUGCUUGGCAAGCAAUUGUUUCUUCACCAGAAGUGGCAAAGGAGAACAAGCAUCAGAUAGUGGAGACAGAGCAUUUGAUGAAGGCCCUGCUGGAGCAGAAGAAUGGGCUUGCUCGCCGUAUCUUUUCCAAGGCCGGGAUUGACAAUACCCGUCUUCUAGAAGCUACCGAUAGGUACAUUCAACGCCAACCCAAGGUUCUUGGUGAGUCAGCUGGCUCAAUGUUAGGACGUGAUUUAGAAGCCCUAAUACAGCGAGCCAGGGAUUACAAGAAAGAGUAUGGUGAUUCAUUUGUGUCAGUUGAACAUUUGGUUCUUGGUUUUAUACAAGAUAACAGAUUUGGGAAGCAAUUGUUCAAGGAUUUUCAGAUUUCUCUGAAAAUCUUAAAAGAUGCUGUACAGGCAAUACGGGGUCGCCAGACAGUUAUUGACCAAGAUCCUGAGGGAAAGUAUGAAGCAUUAGAGAAAUAUGGCAAAGAUUUGACUGCCAUGGCAAAAGCCGGAAAGCUUGACCCUGUAAUAGGAAGGGAUGACGAAAUACGCAGAUGCAUCCAGAUUCUCUCUAGAAGAACAAAGAACAAUCCUGUGCUAAUUGGUGAGCCAGGUGUUGGGAAAACUGCAAUUUCUGAAGGGCUUGCUCAGAGAAUUGUAGAAGGAGAUGUGCCUCAAGCUUUAAUGAACCGAAAGUUGAUCUCCCUGGACAUGGGUGCACUCAUUGCUGGGGCGAAAUACCGUGGAGAAUUCGAAGAUAGAUUAAAGGCUGUGCUUAGAGAAGUAACAGAAUCAGAUGGGCUUAUUAUCCUUUUCAUUGAUGAGAUCCACACAGUUGUUGGGGCAGGUGCCACCAAUGGUGCAAUGGAUGCCGGCAAUCUCUUGAAACCGAUGCUUGGUCGGGGAGAAUUGAGAUGCAUUGGUGCAACGACGUUGGAUGAAUAUCGUAAAUAUAUCGAGAAAGAUCCAGCUUUAGAGCGUCGUUUCCAGCAAGUUUAUGUUGAUCAGCCUUCCGUGGAGGAUACAAUAUCUAUACUUCGUGGACUGCGAGAAAGAUAUGAGCUGCAUCAUGGAGUGCGCAUUUCUGAUAGUGCACUUGUUGAAGCUGCAAUUCUCUCAGAUCGAUAUAUCAGUGGGCGCUUUUUACCUGACAAAGCUAUCGACCUAGUUGAUGAAGCAGCUGCGAAGCUGAAAAUGGAAAUCACUUCCAAACCCACAGCUCUUGAUGAGAUCAACCGUGCAGUUUUGAAGCUAGAGAUGGAAAGGUUAUCUCUGAUGAAUGAUACAGAUAAAGCUUCGAAAGAUAGGUUGAACCGCCUUGAGGCAGAGCUCUCUCUUCUAAAGGAUAAACAAGCACAAUUGACUGAGCAGUGGGAGCAUGAAAAAUCUGUCAUGACACGCAUACAAUCAAUCAAAGAAGAGAUUGACAGGGUAAAUCUUGAGAUCCAGCAGGCUGAGCGGGAGUAUGAUCUUAAUCGCGCUGCUGAAUUGAAGUACGGGAGCUUGAACUCUUUACAACGUCAGCUUGAAGCUGCAGAAAAAGAAUUGGUUGAGUAUAUGAAAUCUGGUAAGUCAAUGCUCAGGGAGGAAGUUACCGGGGAUGAUAUUGCUGAAAUCGUCAGUAAAUGGACCGGUAUUCCUGUUUCCAAGCUGAAACAAUCAGAGAGAGAGAAGCUGUUGCAUUUGGAGGAAGAACUGCAUAAACGCGUUGUGGGUCAAGAACCUGCCGUGAGAGCAGUAGCUGAGGCUAUCCAGCGAUCUCGAGCAGGCCUCUCUGAUCCGCACCGUCCUAUUGCUAGUUUCAUGUUCAUGGGUCCUACAGGAGUUGGAAAGACAGAGCUCGCGAAGGCACUAGCUUCCUACUUGUUCAACACUGAAGAAGCCCUUGUACGGAUUGAUAUGAGUGAGUACAUGGAGAAGCAUGCAGUUUCAAGAUUGAUAGGUGCUCCACCUGGUUAUGUUGGAUACGAGGAAGGCGGACAGUUGACAGAAACAGUACGAAGGAGGCCAUAUUCAGUUAUCUUGUUUGAUGAGAUAGAAAAGGCUCAUUCUGAUGUGUUCAAUGUUUUCCUUCAAAUUCUGGAUGACGGGAGAGUAACCGACUCACAGGGUCGAAAAGUCAGUUUCACGAACACAGUAAUCAUUAUGACAUCAAAUGUGGGUUCACAGUACAUACUUAAUACAGAUGAUGAGACCUCGCCAAGUGAGAUGGCCUAUGAAACUAUCAAGCAGAGGGUAAUGGAAGCUGCAAGAUCAAUUUUCCGUCCAGAGUUCAUGAACCGUGUUGAUGAAUAUAUAGUUUUCCGGCCCCUGGACCGGGAACAGAUAAACAGUAUUGUCAGGUUACAGUUGGAACGAGUGCAAAAGAGGAUAGCUGAUCGGAAGAUGAAAACCCAAGUGACCGAUGCUGCAGUUCAGCUCUUAGGAAGUCUUGGAUAUGACCCCAACUAUGGUGCUCGGCCAGUCAAGCGGGUGAUCCAGCAUUAUGUUGAGAAUGAACUUGCCAAGGGCAUCUUGAGAGGAGAGUUGAAGGACGAGGACACUAUCCUAAUAGACACAGAAGUGUCUGCAUUUUCAAAUGGGCAGCUUCCCCAGCAAAAGCUAGUCUUCAAGCGCUUGGAUCCUGACUCAGAUACUCCUGCUGCAGGAAAUCAAGAAGCAGUUCCACAGACUUUCUGAACGACUUGUAAUAUAGAUGCACCUCAGUGACAGGUUUUACACACGACCCACCUCAGAUGUCUAGUUUUGCCAAUAAAUUUUAUUUCAUUUUGUAUAAAACGUGUUUCUUACACUACUGUGAAGCUUUGAGCGGGAAGAUGUUCUGUUUUUUUACUUUUCUCAAGAGUAUUUACAUUUGCUUUCCGGUCA